AUGAACGGCGCCACAUCAAAGCGCAAGGGAAGCUUCCCCUCCUCUGCCGGAGAGCGCCCACCGAAGCAGCGGUUCCUCGUUCCCAACGGCGGCGUCGACUCGCCCGGGAUUAAUACGCCCGACGUCGAGAGGGAGCUCGAAGACGCCGACAUGGUCGCGCCACCCUUUUACCCGGUGCAACCACCAGAUACUGCCGAAUGGCAAGCAACCGUCGAAAACGUCAUUCGGAACGUUGUUUCCAUCAGAUUCUGCCAAACCGCCGCCUUUGACACGGAAGCAGCUCUGACGAGCGAAGCAACAGGUUUUGUCGUCGACGCUGAGAAAGGCUACAUCUUGACGAAUCGCCAUGUUGUAGGCUCAGGCCCAUUCUGGGGCUAUGUCGUGUUCGAUAACCACGAGGAAGUCGAUGCUUACCCCGUGUACCGCGAUCCAGUUCACGACUUUGGUAUCCUCCGAUUUGACCCCAAGAAGAUUAAAUACAUGCCCGUCUCCGCCCUGAAGUUGCGCCCCGACUUGGUCAAAGUUGGAAUCGAGAUCCGAGUUGUCGGAAACGAUGCCGGAGAAAAGCUCAGUAUCUUGUCUGGUGUCAUCAGUCGACUGGACCGUAACGCCCCCGAAUAUGGCGAAGGUUACAGUGACUUCAACACCUGUUACUACCAAGCAAACGCAGCCGCAAGUGGUGGUUCGUCUGGCAGUCCAGUAGUCAACAUUGAUGGCCAUGCCAUUGCACUGCAAGCAGGUGGACGUUCCGACGGCGCGUCUACCGACUACUUCUUGCCGCUCGACCGACCCCUGCGAGCUCUGAAGUGCAUUCAAGAGGGCAAGCCCGUCGAGCGCGGGUCGAUCCAGUGCCAGUUCCUCAUGAAACCUUUUGACGAAUGUCGACGACUUGGUCUCAGCUCCGAGUGGGAAGCCGCAAUGCGAAAGCAGUUCCCCAAGGCAACCAAUAUGCUAGUCGCCGAGAUAGUACUACCGGAAGGCCCAUCACACAACAAGAUCGAGGAGGGUGACGUUUUGAUCAAGGUCAACGGCGAGCUUCUGGCCGACUUUAUCCGUCUGGACGACAUAUUGGACUCGCACGUUGGAAAGAGUAUUCGUGUAUCGUUGCAACGCGGCGGGGAGGACAUUGACGUCGACAUUGACGUUGGCGAUCUUCACAUGAUCACCCCUGACCGUUUUGUGUCUGUCGCGGGCGCAAGUUUCCACAGCUUAUCAUAUCAGCAGGCCCGUCUUUAUGGCGUAGCUUGUAAGGGUGUCUUCGUGUGCGACUCUACAGGAUCUUUCCGUUUCGAGUCGGCAGAUAAUGGCUGGAUGAUCCAAAGCGUUGACAAGAAGAAGACGCCUGAUCUGGAGACGUUCAUCGAAGUCAUGAAGGGUAUUCCCGACAAGAAGAGGGUCGUUGUGACUUAUAAGCACCUUAGGGAUUUGCAUACUCUCAACACUACUAUCAUUAACGUGGACAGACAUUGGUCAACCAAGAUGCGCCUCGCUGUCCGAAAUGAUAUUUCAGGGCUUUGGGAUUUCACGGACUUGGCAGACCCGAUUCCUGCUGUGCCUCCAGUCCGACGCAAGGGCAACUACAUUCAACUUGAACACACAUCGCACCCUGCUGUUGCCGACUUGGUGCGAAGCUUUGUUCAUGUCAACUGCACCAUGCCCGUCAAAUUGGAUGGUUUUCCUCGCAACCGGAAAUGGGGCAUGGGUCUGGUCAUUGAUGCCGAAAAGGGCCUCGUCUUGAUUUCCCGAGCCAUAGUGCCCUAUGACCUGUGCGACAUCUGGAUUACUAUCGCUGAUUCCAUAGUGGUCGAAGGCAAGGUCGUUUUCCUCCACCCUCUCCAAAAUUAUGCUAUUGUCAAGUAUGAUCCGGAAUUGGUGGAUGCCCCAGUCCAAAGCGCUAGAUUGAGCACGCAGAAUCUCACACAAGGUGCCCCAACCACAUUCCUGGGCUACAACAGGAGCGGCAAGGUUGUUCAUGCAGCAACCACUGUUACAGAAAUCACUGCCGUUACGAUACCAGCAAACAGUGGAGCACCGAGAUAUCGAGCGACCAAUGUUGACGCCAUUACUGUCGACACAAAUCUUAGUGGCCAGUGUGGAAGUGGUGUACUAGUCGACAAGGAGGGCACCGUCCAGGCUAUGUGGCUGACGUAUCUCGGCGAGAGAUCAGCACACAGCUCACGGGAUGAGGAGUAUCAUCUGGGCUUGGCGACACCAACUCUACUACCUGUCAUCUCUCAGAUUCAACAGGGCAAGAAACCCAGUCUUCGGAUUCUCUCCAUGGAAUUUAGGGCCAUUCACAUGUCUCAAGCGCGCGUCAUGGGAGUAUCUGAAGAGUGGAUUGAAAAGGUCUCGCACGCCAACAAGCACGCCCAUCAGCUGUUCAUGGUGUCGAAACGAACCUUUGAGCGUGGUAAUGAACCACAAGUUCUGCAAGAGGGCGAUAUUAUCAUUACGCUGAAUGGCAAGAUGAUCACCCGUGUGUCGGAACUCGACAUCAUGUACGACCAUGAAGUUCUUGACGCUGUAAUUGUCCGCGACUCUGAGGAGUUGAACCUCAAGGUCCCUACCGUAUCAGCAGAUGAUGUCGAAACCGACCAUGCAGUUUCAUUCUGUGGUGCUAUCUUGCAUGCGCCGCAUCAUGCCGUCCGCCAACAAAUUAGCAAGCUUCACAGUGAAGUGUACGUUUCGGCCAGAACCAGAGGAUCGCCGGCGUACCAGUAUGGUCUUGCUCCAACCAACUUCAUCACACACAUCAACGGGAAGCCAACGCCUGAUCUCAAGACGUUCCUUGAGGCAGUGACCAAGAUUCCCGACAACACAUACUUCCGCAUAAAGGCCAUGACCUUUGAUAAUGUCCCUUGGGUCAUUACGAUGAAGAAGAACGAGCACUACUUUCCGACUGUUGAGUGGAAGAAGGAUGGAUCAGAGCCAUGCGGCUGGCAACGAAUUGCCUACGAAGAUAAUGGCAAGGCCCACCCGGGUGAUCCAAACGAAGGCAUCAUGGUCGGCGCAGAGGAUACGGGUGACAUUGAAGAGGUUUUUGUCUAA